AUGGAGUCCAUAUCCAGUUCAGCAUCCCUCACAACGCCUAUAUUCCAAUGCUUUGAUCCUUCUAACGGCUAUAAUUCGUCGCUUUCUAGCCCCAGGCAUUUCUAUUACUCUUCCACCUCUCCAAAAUUCCAUUCCUCCGCCGCCACCUCCACGGUGGAUUCCGCCUCUCUCCUCCCCAAGAUCGUGACCGGAGAUGCUGGCUACGUCUUCGAAGAUGUUCCUCACCUAUCUGAUUACAUCCCUCACCUCCCCACUUAUCCUGACCCGUUACAAGAUAUUCCUUCUUAUUCAGCUGUAAAGCAGCAUUUUGUAAAUGAGGAAGACACUGUUGCGGAACAGAUAAUUGCACAGAAGAACAGUCCAAGAGGGGUUCACUUUCGGCGAGCUGGACCUAGUCAGAAGGUUUGCUUUCAAUCAGAGGAAACAUAUGCUUGUGUGGUGACAUGUGGAGGCCUGUGUCCCGGUCUCAACACAGUCAUCAGAGAAAUAGUCUGCGGCUUAUACGACAUGUAUGGGGUCCACAAAGUUGUCGGAAUAGAAGGAGGAUACAGAGGAUUUUAUUCUCGAAACAUGAUUCCAUUAACCCCAAAGGUUGUGAACAACAUACACAAACGUGGGGGAACCAUCCUAGGCACUUCCCGUGGAGGCAACGAUACUUGCAAGAUUGUUGACAGCAUUCAGGAUCGGGGGAUUAAUCAGGUUUACAUCAUUGGAGGGGAUGGGACUCAGAAAGGGGCUGCUCUGAUAUUUGAGGAAAUUAGACGACGUGGCCUGAAAAUUGCAGUGGUGGGAAUUCCAAAAACCAUUGAUAAUGAUAUCCCGGUUAUAGACAAGUCAUUUGGUUUUGAUACUGCUGUUGAGGAGGCACAACGAGCUAUUAAUGCUGCUCAUGUGGAAGCAGAAAGCAUUGAGAAUGGCAUUGGUGUUGUCAAGUUAAUGGGACGUUACAGCGGAUUUAUAGCGAUGAAUGCUACUCUUGCAAGCAGAGAUGUGGACUGUUGUUUGAUUCCAGAGUCGCCAUUUUUCCUGGAGGGUCCUGGAGGACUGUUUGAUUUCAUAGAGAAAAGGCUCAAAGAAAAUGGUCACAUGGUUAUAGUAGUUGCCGAAGGUGCAGGCCAAGACCUAAUUUCUCAGAGUCUAUCUACAAUGAACCAGCAGGAUGCCUCUGGAAACAGGCUGCUCCAAGAUGUCGGUCUCUGGUUAUCUCAGAAAAUUAAGGAUCACUUCAAGAAAAGUCAAAAAAUGGCAAUGACUCUGAAGUACAUUGAUCCAACAUACAUGAUCCGUGCUGUUCCAAGCAACGCAUCUGAUAAUAUAUACUGUACCCUCCUUGCUCACAGUGCCGUUCAUGGCGCAAUGGCAGGAUACACAGGCUUCACAGUUGGCCCCCUUCAUGGUAGACAUGCUUAUAUUCCAUUCCAUAGGAUAAUCAAAGGACAAAAGAGGGUUGUGAUAACCGACCGGAUGUGGGCAAGGCUACUAUCCUCUACCAACCAACCAAGCUUCAUAAAACCUUGCAGCAUCAAUGGGGAAAUAGAAAAAGGAACAGAAAAACAAGCACCAAAUGGGAAGAAUCAUGUAGAAAUCAUUGCGGCUAAAUCUGCUGAAUAG